GGAAAAGAAACAAAGGUUCAAGGACACGUUCAGUUCACACUCAUCACUGUAAACAUGUCUACCCCCACAAAAGCAGCUGAGCCCCAGCAAAUGGGAAAAGGAAUUAAAUUUCUCUUUGGAGGAACUGCUGGGUAAGAUUUUAUUAUAUUAGGAUUAUUUCAAGGAAAAUUUUUAAUUCUAAUCCAAAGGCCUAUUUUUAAUUUAAAUACAGUAUCAAUAGAAUAAGUAACCUCCGUUCAAGAGGCGGACUUCUUGCCCUUGGGCUUGGGCUUGGUUGGGCCUUGAGCUUGUGCCUUGUUGUAGACGUACACUCAUAUUAUUAGUUAGACUGUGAUACUCAAUGAUACUGUGAAGUGAAUGUGAAGAGUUCCUUGAGAAUCAGAAUGAGAUACUUGACUUUUUAAUGGGUCUCUAACUCUACUGAACAAAAUCAAAAAUAAAAUAACAAGGCCCUAUCCUGCCCUAUGCCUGCUGUGAAUGUGAAGCUGUUCAUUAAAUUUAAAUGUUAUCAUAUUAUAUAGCCUUAAAAUAUCUAUAAAUAUUUAUGAAAUAUAAGGUGUCCUAACUUUGUGGGGGGGAUCCUGGAACCUAAUCGGUGUCGUGUAACAGUGUAACUGCAAUAGACGAGGGAACACUGUAAUACAUUGUGUAGAGUGUGAGCACAUAGUGCAAACCUAUACAGCUUUACAGGCUAUGCUAUGUGUGAGUAGUUUGCUGUUGCAGUAUUUUAACAUAUUUUUUAAAAAAAGACAAUUUUUUAUUAAAGGAAAAGAUUUUUAUAUAAUAAUAAUAAAAGAAAAAUAUUUAAAAUAUGCUGCAGUUCAACAUCAUGUCGAAAAGGAUUAAGGGUUCAAUCGAAAUCAAUGGAAGUUGCAUUAGUUUUGCUGAUUGUUAUGAUUAUGAGCACAUUUUUUUCAUUAAUAAUUGAUAGUCUUGAUACAUAAAAUUUGUGCCAGAUAGAAAUAAAUAUGUAGUAGGAAGUAGGCCUACAUUGCAUAAUACAUAGGCAGUGUCUACACGUCCGGCGCGCCGGACGUAUAUCUCCCGCACAAUUUGUCCGGCCACCAAGUCACAUGACCGCCAUAACAAAGUGGCGAGAGAUAUCUUGUCGGUCAGCCUUGUCACGUGACUGUGAAUGAUUCAAAACUAUUAAUUUUAAAAUCUAUUUCUCUACCAAGUAAUGUACUGAGUAUCUUGAAUGCAAAUAAUAGAAAAAAACUUAAGUGAAAGUGGCUUGUAACAUUUUGUUUAGUUUGUUAUUUGAGUUUGUGUACCAGUAAUCCAUAAAAUAAAUUAGGGGCCAGUGUGGAGUAGGCAACCAAUAAAAGUAAAAGAUUUCAUUUUAAAUUGUUUAAAUUGCUACAAAAUAUUUAAAAACUUCUCAUGAAACUACUGUUGCUGAUGAACAUGAUAAUAUAAAUAUAGUAUAAAAUAUUUUUAAUUAAAAUGGGAAAAAAAUUUAUUUUGUAUUGAUCCUCAAAUCAUAACGACAAGCGACCACUCUACCACAAGACCACACAAGAUCUACCAAAUUAUAAUUCGUUCGGAAUAAUAACAACUAUUAGCCAUCCGGCGGUCACGUGACAUGGCGCCGGACGUAUAAUUCGCGCACUAUUUGUCCGGCGCGCCAGGCGUGUAGACACUUCGUAAUACAUAUCAUGAGGUGUUCCAAUUAGUAUCUAUCUGUUUUACCUGAACAACAAAAAGAAGAAUGAAAAAAAAUUACCUGAACUCUAAUCAGUAAAAAAAAUAUAAAUGUUGGUAUAGAUUUAUUAGUAGAGAUAAUUUUUUGCAUAAUUUUUAUUAAUGAUACAGGCAGAGGGGUUAACCAAACUACAAAUAAACAGCCAGUAUAAUUUCUAUGCAAUUACUUUUUAGAAAUAAAGUAGAAAAUUCAUGAGCCAGGUCAAAAUGAUUACCCUGCACCCAGUAUUUAUUUACCCCUGCAGUUGCAUGCUGUUUACUUUUUUUAUCACAAAAAUAAUUCUGUACCCUUCAUAUCUUUAGCAUGGCAGCCACAGUGUUUGUUCAGCCACUUGAUCUUGUGAAAAAUCGUAUGCAACUUAGUGGUAAGCUGUCUUGAUUUCUUGCACCAGUCUUGAUUUUGAUGCAUAAAUUUAUCUAUAAAAAUUUUUCUUUGUUGUUUUCACUCGUGACUGAAAAUUUUGUUCCCACACUAUUUUACAUAGGUUAGGAUUUUUUAAGGUUAGGAUUUUUAAAAUUCUAAUUUUCUGCCCACCACAAACAAUAUGUAAUGAUUAGAAAUAGCUUCUGAUUCUAACUCAGCUUAAUCACCCUUAAAAGUUCAUGCUAGUAAUUUGGCAAUAAGCUUCAAGAGAUACCUCCUAAAACACCCUAAGGGUUUAAAUAUAUUUUUCAAAGCUGAAAUCAUUUUAUCACACCAUUUCAUAGAGAACUGUCAAGGAAUAAUUUGUGUUAAAUGUUAUUAUAAGGAUACAGAAUUUUAUUGGUUUAUUUUGUUAAAAAGUCUUUUAUAUGCCCCCAUAAUUCAAUGUACCAUGACCUUUAGAUACAUCAGCCAUUUCUUCAUUUUCAUGCAGAGUCAUGUAUCAACAGUUGGCUUUCACAAAAAGAGUCUCAUCCAAUCCAAUAUUUUUUUAUAAUACUAUAGGCAAACACCUGUGCUCUUACAUUAAUUUCUCAAAUGAUUCCCUAAUUUGAAUUGCAAAGUAAGAAUUAUUCAGUCUUACAGGGAAACAAGCUAAUUAUCAGCUGACACAUGAGCCAUGUGCUAAAAAUAUUUAGUGAGCAUAAUCAAACAAAUCAUUUACACAAUUAAGGACCCAGCAACCACUUACGAUUAUGAACUUGUUAAAUGUAGUGGGGGUUUUUUUUGUGUUUUUUUUUUUUUUUGCGCUUCUGUGCAUUCAGCUUCUUAACAAGUGAGAAUCACUUAUUAAAUGUGGUGAUAUUUUUGCUUAUCAAUUUAUUCAUGCUACUUAACUUUAUUUACUAUUAUAGUAAUAUUAAAAUGUAGUGGGGGUUUUUUUUGUGUUUUUUUUUUUUUUUGCGCUUCUGUGCAUUCAGCUUCUUAACAAGUGAGAAUCACUUAUUAAAUGUGGUGAUAUUUUUGCUUAUCAAUGUAUUCAUGCUACUUAACUUUAUUUACUAUUAUAGUAAUAUUCAACCCUUUUUUUUCCACCCCCCCUUCCUAUUUCCUUUACAUUUAAUUAUAAUAUUCUACCCAACCCGCUGCCUGAGAACCAUUGAUCCAGAUAACUUGAAGAAUAUAAAUAUUUAUAAACAUUUUCAUAAGGUUUAAGUUUUUAACAAAGCAUUGCUAAUGUUAUAGUUUUAUUUUAAAAUAAUUAAUUCAAAAUUGUAUAAGCUUUGCAGUGAGUGUUUAUUUUUGAUUAAAAGUAGUUGUGGAACCAAAAUAAAAGCAAAAUAAUAAUCUUACAGAUUUUUUUAUCUUCAUUUCUUUUAACUUUUAGGUGUGGGAGGUGCUAAAAAGCAAUACAAGACCAGCUUUCACGCUCUUGCUUCUAUCCUUAAGAAUGAGGGAGUGUCAGGAAUAUACACAGGGUACUGUCAACUAAUUAGUGGUCAAAAUAAUACAACUUUAUCUUUUGGGUGGAUCAUGUAAGAUUAAUUUCCAAACGCUUAAGAUAGUUUUGCACAGAAGAUGGGAAGCCUCAAUAGAGGUUUAAUUUUCCCCUUACUUUCCCAUGUUGUUUGUACUGACGAAGGCAUUUGCCAAAAGAUCUACAUUUGUAUUUUGUAUGAUCAUUAUUAAACCUGAACUUAUAUUCUUUUAUUUACACAGAUGGUUUGUGCCUAAUUUAUUUCCCAUGCCAAGGUCAAGUGACAUAUUAGAAACAGGAAUUAUACAUGUAUUUAUUCUUGUGUGCCACCUCAGGGUACUCAUUAAACCCCAAUUUUGCAGUAGAUCUGUGCUGAAACCAAUCAUAUUUUAAGUAUUGUAUAAUCAUUUCUUAAGCUUAGCUAAUUACAUUUAUUUUAUUCUAUGUACAUUUUACAGAUUAAGUGCUGGUCUGCUACGUCAAGCCACAUAUACAACCACAAGGCUUGGCAUCUACACAUCUUUAUUUGACAUGUUGUCUAAGUGAGUUUACUUCACUCAUUCACAUUUUAUUCAGCUGCAUUGUGCAGCUGAUUAUAAAAAUUGUAUUAUUAUUAAUUCACUAUAUUAGCUUUAUAAAGCGAAUCUUAAAAUGUGACCUUUAAUGUAGCAAUAGUCAUCCACGAAAAUGUUUAAAAAAUCCAGAAAUCUAUGUUGAAUUGUUGUUAAAGCUGCAGCAGCUAAGAUUAUCAAUUUUGUUUUAUAAAAAGCUAUCUGCACCCCCUUCUGUUACAGGGAUGGUAAGCCUCCCAAUUUCCUUGCUAAAGCUCUGAUUGGUGUGACUGCUGGUGGAAUUGGUGCUUUUGUGGGCACACCUGCAGAAGUUGCUCUCAUUCGUAUGACUGCUGAUGGAAGGUAGGAAUAUUUUUUUGACUUGCCAAGUGUUCAAUCUUCUUUUAUAUUGAAAUAAUUGACAUUAAAUUAAUUUUUUUAAUGCAGAACAGUUCACCUUAUUUUAUUCAUGGGAAGUUUUUUCUCUCCUAUUUUUUUUUAAAGGAGCAUGGCCACUUUAAAUUUCUUAUUAUUGAUUGAUUGAUUUAUUUAGUUAGAGAUGUUUGUUUACAAGUUUUAGAUGUGAUCUUACAUGUGCUGAAAUAUUAGAGGUCUCAUGGUUUAAUGACCCUAGAAGAUAAUUUUUACAAGGCCUAAAAUUUUAACAAAUUCCUUGAAAUUGAGGUGUUUCAUUUUUAACAAUUUACUUCACAUUUUUUAUUUAAAGAAAAGUAGUUACUGAAAAAGGUAUUAGCAAUACAACUGAUGCCCUUGAGUUUUAAGUGUGGUCACUCUGUUGCAGGCUACCUUUAGAGGAAAGGAGAGGUUAUAAGAAUGUGUUCAAUGCCUUGUCUAGGAUUGUUCAGGAAGAAGGGGUCCUCACCUUGUGGAGAGUAAGUGACGUGUCAUUUCACUAACAUGUUUCAACUUACCAUUUGUUUUUUAGAAAAUGGUUAUUAAAAAGCAGCUGUCUACUUGAGUAAACUGAAAUGCUUGCCUGAUUUUAACCCUUGUUUGAUUUUCAGGGAUGCGUACCCACUGUUGGCAGAGCCAUGGUGGUGAAUGCUGCACAACUAGCCUCAUAUUCGCAAGCCAAACAGAUCCUAGUUUCCACAGGUGAGUCUAGAUUAAAAAAGAACAAGUGAAUCUUUUAUCAUAUAAAUCAAUAGCUGUGUAUCCUAAAACGAUGCUACAAGAGAAUAUGGCCCAAUUCAGAAUGGGAAUUGUUUUCUUCCUUUUUUGCCCACAGUGAAAUGUCGCAUAUUUUUACAUUUAAAAAUAAUUCUCAUGGUAAUUAAGAAACCACCAACGUUUAUAUAUGGACUAAAAUAAUAUUUUUUAAAAAUGUUAAACUUCCGGGGAUAUUUUCUAUAUGAUUGUUAAAAAAUUAAUUUAUACAAAUAAUUGAUAUAGAAGCUUUCAUUGGCUAAUCAAAUCAACAGUGUGAAAAUGUAGAAAAAUAUAAAGUGAAUACAAGGGUAGUUUGGCCAAGUGAUGUCACUGCCAGAAAUAGGUUAUUUUUUUAAAUUUUAAGAUAAAUUUAUUUCACAUUGUAUGAAAAAUAAGCAUAUUCUUCCCAUUUGUAAUGAUUUGUUUUCUCAACUAUUCCAUCACAAUACAUUAUUUUAUUCUGUUCCCAUUGACAUUAAACUAACUCAGUGUUUAACUAUUUUGACUUUCAAACUUAAAUAAGAGGAUGAAUGUGAUGAUAGUAGUUUGCAAAGUUUUUCUAAAGAAAGUUUCUCACACUUUUUAUGUGAGUACUAAUGUUGAUAUUCUCUUGGUUCUUUUAAUUUUGGUUAAAUUUUUUAAAAAUUGAAACUUGCACAAAAAAAUUUUAUUACCUCUUUUUGAAGUUGUGUAAAAUCCCAUAUAAAUAACAUAAAACAGGGGUUCUUAACCUUUUAUAAUCCAUAGGCCUCUGCCAGUCACUGACACCUUCUUGGAAAUGUUUUUAAAUGCAUAUAAUAAAAUUACAAUGGCAACGGAACUCUUUCUUGUUAAAAAAAUACUUAUUACAUAAAAUUUGAUUGAGGCAUAAUGAAAAAUUACCAAAAAUAUUAUCUGCUUAUUGCAUUCUUUAAUGAAUUUUGUAGGUACAUGAUGUAACUCUUAAUUUUAGUAACUUUUAACACAAUUGAGUCUUUUGAUAAUUGGCUGGGAUGAGAGACAUCUUCCUCUCCGUUACAUUCAAUGGUUUUUCAGCAUUACGCAGAGAUGAACUGUAUUGAAAAAUUAUUUCUCAAAUUUCCUACAAAUAUUGUCUUUCCCUGUUCCAUUUCCUGAAUCUGACAUGCUGGGACGUUCCCAGUUCCAAUGCCUGCUUGUACCUUUUUUUAGAUAUCAUGUUUGGCGUUUAUUAAAAAAAAUUAAUUCAGUGCAACAUGUUUUCUCUCCAUUCAAUAAUAAAAGGUUACUUUCACGACGGCCUCUUCCUUCAUUUUGUUGCCAGUAUGAUUAGUGGUCUUAUAACAACGGCAGCGUCCAUGCCGGUUGACAUUGCCAAGACGAGGUAAGUGCAUAAUUGAAGACCUCUUUAGUCAAAUUAAUACAAUGUUCUGGAUCUCGUGCUGGGCAUUAAUCUGGUGGGCAUUUUAUCUCUCAUACAUGUUUUAUUCGAGAUGUUGAUUAUCAGCUUUAAUUUUAGAUGUUAAUUGUUUUAAGUCAUUUUUGUAUUUGUAACAAAGAAAUUCACCUUCUGACUGUUUUUUAUUUUACAAUAAUUUAUUAUAUUUAUAAUCAAUAAUACAGCAAAUUAUACUGUAAUUGAUGGGUCCAUUAUUUUAUUUCAUUACAUUUCUCAAAUCCAAGUUUGUAAUUAAAGUGUUGUCCUUCCCACAGAAUACAAAAUAUGAAGACUGUAAAUGGCAAGCCAGAAUAUUCAGGAGCCCUUGUAAGUACAUUUCAUUUGUGCGGUUACUUGAUUUAUUACCUAUAUCUGUUUUUAGAUAUUUUGCAGAGGCAAGUUAUAGCCAUAUAAAAAAUAAUCUACAUUUUUUAAAAACAAUUCCUACAAUGGUCAUUUGUCAUUCAUUUUUAAUAACAAAGGUGUUUAUAGAAAUUAUAAUACAUUUUAAAGUGAUUUUUACUGCUUUGUUCAUCAUAAAAUAUUUCUAUUUGCGAGACUCUUUGUUUUACAUAAUCUACAAAUCUAAAUCAUAUUGACUUUGUAAAAGUUCACAACAGAUCUCUUGAAGAUAAAUUACUUUUAUAUGAAUUUACAGGAUGUCUUGACAAAAACUAUACGUCAGGAAGGAUUCUUUAGCUUAUGGAAAGGUUUCACCCCGUAUUAUGCAAGGCUGGGCCCCCACACUGUGCUGACAUUUAUCUUCCUUGAGCAGAUGAACAAAGCCUAUCGUCACUAUGUGCUCCAUGAUGAUUCAGCAAGUGGGGGAUUAUAGUCCAUCCCACUAGAAAAUUAGUUGAGAUUAAAUAAUUUCAUAAUAGAUAUUGGCGGAAGGCUGAAACUAAUUUAAAUAUGUGCUAAAGAGUUUCGAUAGUUGAACCUAAGCGCUUUACAUUGACAAAGGGCUUGUUUUGAUUUGAAUGUGUGUUGAAACUGUUUAAAUGUUUGGUUGACAUGACGUUGACCACACAGUGUAAGCCAAGAAUGGCCCAAUGUAUUAUUUAUGACUUUGAAAUGAUAAGAGCAUAGACUUUGCUUGUAAUAGAGGGAGAGCCUGUAGACUUUGCUUGUAAUAGAGGGAGAGCCUGUAGACUUUGCCUGUAAUAGAGGGAGAGCCUGUAGACUUUGCUUGUAAUAGAGGGAGAGCCUGUAGACUUUGCCUGUAAUAGAGGGAGAGCCUGUAGACUUUGCUUGUAAUAGAGGGAGAGCCUGUAGACUUUGCCUGUAAUAGAGGGAGAGCCUGUAAUAGAGGAAGAGCCUGUACCUCUAAUAGUUGAGUAAUGUAAAUCUAUUCAAAUAAUUGUUAAUUUUUGAAAUAACUAAUAGAUUUGUUGAAUAUAGAGUUUACUGCCAUAACUUGUGCUGUUUUGAGGAGCUGUGAUAAAUAUAGAGGGGGGGGGGGGAGCUUCUGGUUAUUAUCCUCAGUGACAGGUCACUGCAGCAACCCUUUAAUGGAAAUUUUGUUGAGUGUAAAUGGAUUAUUUUUCUUGUUCCAUUCUGUUCUUCUUAUGGUCCUGGCGGAAGGUUCCAAAGCAUAAUUUUUGUGAACACCCAUCUCCCCUUAAGGUCCCAAAUAUCUCCUUCUAGUUAAGGUCCCUGGAGUUCCUAGAUAAACUAGAGCAAGAAUUAUUUAUAGUUGGUCUACUGCAAUCAGCAUGAUAAAUUUAAUGAAAAGAAUAAAAAAUAAGUUUGUUUCUUCGUUGUGGUAGCUUUUGACUUGUGUGAAUAGCAGGAAAAUGUAAUUCAUGGAGCUCGUAAUUAAUGGUUGGGUUUAAAAAAACUCCAAUCCAGUGGAUCUCAUAAUUGUGUGGUAAAUUUUGACUAGUGAGAAUAACAGGAACUAAUUUUUAGAUUUCUUCUGGUGAGACUGGAAUAAGCUAUGACUGUUAAGGUGAUUGAAUCUCUGUCUUCUAUUUCAUAUAUAUGUUGAUUGUGCACUGUGCAGUCAUGACUUUUUGACAAAUUGAAGCCAUUUCAGGGGGGGGGGGGGGGGAGAAUAAAGAAAAAUUUAAAUCCUGUCCUUGAUUGUUCAAUGAUGAAAGCUGUUAGUAUUUAUAAAUUAUAGAAGUUAUUGCCAACUGACUGGAUUUCAACCUGCUACAUUGAAAUAAAUUGGGUCAGUUCUUUUUACAUUUGGGGGUUGUAGUUAAAGGUUGUGAUUUUUUUUUUUGUGGAGUCUUAAUCUUCAUUUAGUUGAUGAUAACUACAUUUCUAUGUCUCAUUUCUCUAUACACCCCACUCCCAAAUCCUUUUAGAUUUUAGUAAAUUUAAACUGACUAUUUAUUUUAGCAGCGUUAUUUGCUGCUUCUUCUAGUGUUUGUGUCUAUUUUUUAAAUUAACGCAUGCACUAUAUUUUUUUUUUGCAUCUAUUAUAUCACCAAGGCAGUUGUGUGACUGAUGUUGGUAAUGGAAACAGAUGGGGAUAGAUAUCUUAUAGAUCUUUAACCUCAAUUGAUCAGGCCGUUAGGAAUUGGAUUUAAUAAAUAAUUCAUCAGGACAUGAGUUCAAUCUGAUCUGCAAAGUUUGAUAUUAAAAUAGAUAAACAAGUACUGGUAUUACUGCUAUGGUAAAUAAUUGAAAUUUCUUUUAGUUUUGUUGUUGGUAGGCCUUCUUGUUCUCCUUUCAGGUCAAGACUUGUUUGAUCUUUAUUAGAUUCACAUUAUUCCCCCCCCCCCCUUUUGGUUUCUGUGCCCAAGAAUUUUUUUCAUCACUGUAUUGCUAUCAUUUUAGACCAGUGUUUCCCGAAGUGUGUUACGUGUACCCCUGGGGGUACGGGAAGAGUUUGGUGGGAGUACGCACUGCAAAGGAAAAAAAAAAAUUUUUAUGAAAGUUUAUGCAAUUUUUUUUUAACGAGGGAUACUGAGUGUUAAAAACAUUUUAGACAGGUACAUAGAUGUCGAAAAUUUGGGAAACACUGAUUUAGACCAUGAUUAUUUCAAAUAAUUAUAGAUGCAACCUCAAAUAAACGUCUGUACUUCAGGUCGGUACACAUUUAAAAUGAAUUGUGUAUUGAGAUUUCCACUUUGACCAUCUUCCCUUGAUUGCACAAAUAGACUAUCAAAUUGUCACCCCCACCCCACUUCUUUUUGCUGUUAUUGCUGACCUAACACUAAUGAGGGGAAGUUUAUGAACGCCAAACUGAGAAGUAAAAACCACAUAUUGUUUUCAGACAAAUUGUUUGUUCUGUGUGCCAUAUUGUGUUUAGAUCUGACAUGUGCAAGCAAACCUUUAAUUCAAGGCUCACCUCAGAUUGUAGGGGGGGGGGGGGCCUGUUAAGACUUACGUCAGAUAAAUUAAACCGCCUCAUUGAACUAGGGCCAUUGUUGAAAUUUUCCCUUUCUCUCAAUCUAAUGUAAUUUGUCUUGGACACUGUUUUUUUUCCAUUAAACCUUUAAUUCCAGGCUCACCACGGAUUGUAGGGGGGGGGGGGGCCUGUUAAGACUUACGUCAGAUAAAUUAAACCGCCUCAUUGAACUAGGGCCAUUGUUGAAAUUUUCCCUUUCUCUCAAUCUAAUGUAAUUUGGCUUGGACACUGUUUAUUUUCCAUUACUUCAACUCGAAUAUGAAGUAUGGGUUGUUGCAUAAUAAUAGUAGGAACAUAUUGUCUCAUGAAAUCAAUUAGUGUGUCAUAAAAUAUUUAUUUUGAUGGAAGGUUUGUACCAUUCACAUAUCUUUUGGCUUAGUCUGACUCAGAAAAAUGGCUUUAUUCUCUAUUUAUUGAUAGCAUAUUGAAACUUUUUAUGCUUUUAAAUCUGAGACUCCUCAUGAAGAUUCAGGUCAUAUUUUGUUCCUAAUUGAUUGAUGCUUACGUUGGGGGGGGGGGUUCUUUUCUGUGUUAACCAGAGCUUUACUAUCUUUACAUCUGAAUGGUGGGUCACUAGAGACGUGAGUGUCUUGAUACAAAAUAAUACAAUAUGGUCAACUAUUGACUUGAUGACCAAGCUGUCACUGUAGCAAGCGAAGUGUGAUCAACCGAAGGAUAACUUGUUAGUGGUCAUAAUACAUUUGAUAUCUUUUUAAAUCUAUACAUUUUUUUUUUGAGGAUUUGUUUAAUCUCAACGUUGAACGCAUAAUUUGUUUUGACUGAUGGUGGAUGAAGUUGUGUGAUAAAACUGUCACUUUUUACAUUUAACAGAGGUUGUUUUUUUUUAAAUAUUUUUUUUAUUUGUUUUCUUUUAAGUCUGUCUGAAUGUGUUCAUAUUUCAAAAGAAAAUUAUUUAUGGAUUGAAAAUAAAAUUUGUCGGGUCUAGUGAUUCAUUUAAUAAACAUUUGAUUAAGUGUUUUCAUUCUUAACCCUGAGUAUCAAAUUUGGUUUUCUACACUCUUAGCAAAUUUUGUGUGGUUUUUCUUAACGCUGAUUAUUCAACUUGGUUCAAGUUUCUGUUGUAAUCCAAGACAGAAAUCUAUUUGAAAGCACAAUGAUUUAUUAAUAGAUAUUUAUGAAAAAAAAGAUAUUCACAUUUUUCUACACUAAAAGUGUUCAUUUUCUUGAAUGAAGGUUAUGAAAUAAAUGCUGGCAUCAGACC